AUGUCCGAUAUUAACACAACUCUCCUCAACUCAAUUCAAAAGAUUGAGGUUAAUCUUGCUGAAAUCAAGCAAGCAUUGCGCGAGCUUCAAAGGCAAUUCAGCAAUCAAUUUGCGCCAGCAGUCAGUGCGGAAGAUCUAACUACAUGCAACAAAGCAUUAUUGAGUAGAGUUGUAACUCUUGAGCGUAUUGCCGAGUCUGUGAAAAGAGCCCAGCUCACAGAGUACCCUGAUCAGCUCGGAAAAAACGAAGCACAAAAAUACAAUCUGUUGCUUCAGAUUCUUCACGAGCAGGACUGGAAGGCGCGCUGCAAAGAAGUUCCACAAGGGCAGCCUUUGCCCCCAUUAGUCCCUCUUUCAGACCAUGAUUUGACAGUAAAAAGACUGCAUCUCAAAACAUUAGGCCGUACGGUAAAGCAUGAUAUCAUUGACAAAGACUAUCCUGCGGCCUCAAAAGAAUGGAAGAAUAUCCCAGAGAAAAACAGGGAAUACUACAUGAUGCAUUUGGAGAGAUUGGCGAAGAAUGGUGGAUUGCACAUCCACCAAUGUAAAAGAAUGUGGUGUGCAAGAAGCCUUCUUCGGGAAAGCUUCAAGAGCGACAACCAGAUGCACAAGAGAAGAAUGGCAGAGAAGAACAAAACACAGCGAGACAUAAGUGAUUCUUCGCUUUCUUCUCCUGAUAUGUCAGAAACUGGUGAUGUUGAGUCACCCAUAAUGGCAGAUGUGCUGUCUCCUCCACCCACAGCAAGUGUCGAGCCUGCUCGCAAGAGAAGCCGAAGAUCAGUAAAUGCUUAUUUUACUGAACAAAAAUCGGUAAAAAAUAAUAAGUGCUAUCUAAGAAUUACAAAGAAUUCUGCAACGUCACCACACUGCUGGACAACUGAAGUUUUGCUGAAAGCUGAUCAUUCUUACAACACCCCGCGUCAAAAGAGUGACAUGUGA